UCACAUGUCCUUGUGGACAACAUUAGACCCACCCAUAAUAAUCACCCCACAUGGUAUUCUGUGAUGCCACCAUGAUGCCUCUGUCCCUCUUCUCUCUCUCCAUUAUUUUUCAUCUUCCCCUUCCUCCUCCUCCUCUCUCUCUCUCUCUCUCCUCUCACAGUGAGUCUUCUUACCGCAAUAAAAACCUCCCCACACUUUCCCCCAAUGGCUCAUAGAGUCAUCAUCUCUCUCAUUCUUUAUUGAAUUCAUGGUUUUUCUCAGUUUAUUAGGAACCCUCCUUCCUGUUCUCACUGCUUGGUGCAGCAAAGAUUCGAUUUUGGUGUUUCACUCUUCUCUUACAUGUUGUUCAACACCCAUUAAUCUGCUCUCUUCCCUUCUGGUUGGUCCUUGUUUGUUUAACUGAGAAAAGCCUUCCCUUUUCUUUAGUAAUGGAGGUCUGAGUCAAUUUGAGAGAGAUUUCUGGUUCUGUACAUUUCCAAGUUGUCUUCUUUACGCGAUUGGGAAUGAUACCCAUGUAUGGAAAAUAUUUAUUUCUCCACCUUAUUGAGGAAUUUUUGAAGGCGAAAACUUCCUGCUGUAAUGAGCUUCACUCCAAUUUCAGCUUCAAAUUGACCUGGACUGAUUUGAAAUGUUUGGUAAUAGAGCGGAUUUGAUUUAAUGCGCAGAGAUUUUAGAGACAUUUUUCGUAUUUCUUGCCGGUGUUUCAUAGGGUUUACCGAAGUGUUUUAGUGCUGAUGCUCCGAAACCCUAGAUUUUGGAUUUGGGGAUAAAUCAGAAGCUUAGGGUUGGCAUUUUAAGGAGCAGCUGCUCCAUCCUUUUCUCUGUGGCGAGUUGUUUGGCUGAGAAAUUGAACAAAUGUCUGCAAAAUUUUGGCACACAUUUAGUGAAGAAAAUUCUGAGUUGCAGAAGAAAAUUGGAUGCAUGACUGGAAUCUUUCAAAUCUUUGAUCGACAAAAUCUGCUUGGUGGAAGGAGGUUUAAAGGGCGUAAUUUUAAGGACAUUACUUCAGGAAACUCCUAUGCAAAUAAUGUCAGCAAUCCUGCAACAGCUAAUGUUGCACCCUCACCUCAAUUAUCUCUGGAGAAAAAUUUAUGUGAAAACCAAAGAAUGUCAAUGGAGUCAUCAAGAACAUCCUUCUCAUCCUCAACUUGUUCAUCAUUUUCAUCCAUUGACUGUAAUAAAUCAAAUCUUCAGGAUAAAUCUGUCAAAAAGGAAUCUCAUUGUCUAUCAGGGAAAACCUCAUACCAACAUGAGUUCAAGCAGCCUGUACUGAGCUCCAUAGAUUCUCCAAGGCCAAUUCAGCUAUCUAAAUCAGGGGAUGGAUCUUAUGUGAUCGAUGGGAUGGAUGGAACGAAGUCAAGAUCAACUUUGGAUCUCAAUGAAUCAUUUAAAGUCCUCAUGAAGCUCAAAGAAGCUCCAUGGACCUUCGAAGCGAAAGAAUCCGCUUUGAAUUCUCGCUUUUCCUAUGAUGGGAGAGAAAUAUCAACCAAUUGUAGAUCGAAUUCGAAAUUUAAAGAGCUCCCAAGGCUUUCUUUGGAUAGUAGGGAGAGUUCCAUGAAGAUAUCUAACAAUGGUCAAAGAGACUUUGGAAGUAAGACAAGUGCUCCUAGUGUUGUUGCCAAAUUAAUGGGAUUGGAAGCCAUGCCUACAUUAAGCUCAAAUCAUGAAGAACAAGUAGGCGCCAUGAAGAAUAAGGUAAUAAAUUGCUCGAACGAUGCGAGAACGCCUUUCGAAUCCUCGAGGAACUUUCAAAAGGACCUUAAUAAACACUCUGUGAAGAAUCCUGCAAAAACUACUAUGGAAACUGCUCCUUGGAAGAAGAAGAAGGAGAGGCUUCAUGUUACGCAGAACGGAUCGAAGCAGCGGUCGGAGUCUGUUUAUGGUGAAAUUGAGAAGAGAUUGAAGGAGAUUGAGUUUACUCAUGCAAGCAAGGAUCUAAGGGCACUUAAGCAAAUUUUGGAUGCCAUGCAGACAAAAGGCUUGCUCGAAUCGAAGAAGAACGAGCAACUAUCUUCACCAAAAUUCAUUCCGACAAGGAAUGAAGAAGAUCUCAGAUCUCCCAUUGCCCGGAAACCAGCUCUCCUGGCCUCAACAAUAGGAAAUAGUACUGAAAAAGCAUAUGAUUCACCUAUUGUAAUCAUGAAACCUGCGAAAUCUAUCAACAGAUCCGAUUUCACCGCAACUUCUGUUGUUCAUUUGCAUGGUUUGAGCAGAAUUCAGAGACUGAGAACUAAUGAGGUUAUGGAGAAAAAGAAGGAGCCUUUUAGUAGCAAUUUGGGAAGAGACUGCAGUCCAAGAACAAGUUCUAUGAUUUACAGAAAAAACGAAGAAAAUGGUCGAAUAAGAACUGAGUUUGGUUUAUCUAAAACUCAGCAGUCUUCAAGGGAGAAAAAUGACAAAUCAUCAAACUCACUGAGUCCUAGAUUACAGCAGAGAAAUCUUGAAGUUGAAAGUAGAAUUCGUUCUUCGGUUACUUCAUCUGAUUUGAGAAAGCAUCAGAACGUGUCUACAAAUAAGCAACCAUCUGAGUUAAUGUCUCCGAGAAGCAAGUUUCGACGCAGACCCACUACGAAUCAGCAGAGAGACGAGUUGACUCAGAGAUCAGGUAUAGAAGAUACACUAGCAGAGAGGUUUGCUUGCCCUGAGCAGGGAGCUCAAAAGAGUUCUCCACUUGGUUUGGAUGAUCAAACUUCCACUUUAGCGCUUGGAGCUGUGGCUGUAGAACAGCCUAGUCCAAUCUCAGUUCUAGAUGCUACAUUUUAUCAGGAUGAUCUUCCAUCUUUAGUAAUGGUGAAGAGAAGUACAAAUUCAUCUAAAGGCAUUAAUAACUCCUCUGAAUCUCACAAAACUCAUUCUGAGAUCAAUCAGAAGAAACUUGAGAGCAUUGGGAAUCUGCUCCAGAAGCUCGAGGAACUCCAUUCUUCCUUUGCAACAGCUUCAACCACAACACACAACAUCACAUCAUUAUUCGAAACACAGAAUCGUAAUCACCGUUAUAUCGCCGAAAUACUGUUGGCCUCUGGUCUUCUGAUGAUGGAGCUCGGCUCAGGCCCCAUUGCUCCUUCAAACCGCCCCAUAAACCCGGACCUCUUCCUCGUUCUCGAGCACACAAAAUCCAUCCAUGCAUCCAAUCCCGAAAACGCAGACGAAAAUUCUCUCCUCCAUCAUAAUUUGGACAUCGAAAAGCUGCAUCGAAAGCUCGUGUUUGAUGUUGUUAAUGAGCUUCUCAUUCAGAAGCUCGAACCAACAUGUUGGAGCUCUCAUCCAUGGAAGCUCCAAGCAAAGCUUCGGAGCGGAACACAGCUGCUUAAACAACUGUGUUCUGAAAUUGAUCAGCUUCAAGCUGAGGCUUUGAAGACCGAAGACCGUGAUGAGGAUGACGAAGAUGUAUUCGGCGAGGAAAUUCUUCGACGGCCGCCAUUGGACUGGACGGAUUAUGGACGAGAAUUGCCCGGCAUUGUGUUGGCGAUCGAGCGGUCGAUAUUCAAGGAUAUGAUCGAUGAGAUUGUCUGUGUUGAAGCUUAUAGUUUGAACUUCAAGUCUGGCAGAAGGCGCAAACAUCUGUUUGAUAAAUGAAUCAAGUAAGUUCAACCAUAAAGCAUGUUUUUGUUAUUUUUUUCAUCUUCUCGGAGUAAAUAGAGAAUAAAAUCAGCUGAUAUUCUGCAAUAUGUACAGCAUCAAUGGAGCAUACAGCAUAUAUGAACUUAUUCAUCAUCUUUUGAAUAUCUUAUAUUGGAUGAAUUGAAGUGAUGUGUCAUUGUCUAUUCUGUAUUUUUAGCUUUCUUCUUCAAAAUACAAGUUAUG